AUGCGGGGCGGCGGGGGCCGCGGGCAGAGGCGCCCAGCAGCCGGCGCGCGGGGGUGGCUCAGGUCCAGACUCGGGGCCGGCGCGGACGCCGUGGGCUGCUGCUCCGGCCGCCGCGCGCUCAUCUUCCUCCGCGCUUUCCAGCUGGUCACUGCCCUGCAGCGGCAGGUGUUCGACUUCCUGGGCUGUCAGUGAGCGCCCAUCCUGGCCACCUUUGUCCACAUCGUCGUGGUCAUUCUGGGGCUCUUUGGGACCAUCCAGCACUGGCCUGGCUAUGUCGUGGUGGUGACUGUGUGGGCAGCCGUCUGGGUUACCUGGAAUGUCUUCAUUAUCUGCUUCUUCCUGGAGGCGGGGGGACUGUCGAAGAGCAGCGAGCUCCUGACCUUCAACCUCUCGCACUGCUCCUGGUGGCAUGAGCAUGGCCCAGGCUGCCCGCGUGAGGAGCCACAGGCUGGUCUUGGGUCCCUAGACGGCCUUGGUGCCAGGCAUUGGCUGCGCCCUGGGGGCAUGGCUACGCUGCGGCCCUGCAUGGGGCCCUGCAGUGGGGAGGGCCCCUGGAGCCUCAGUGUGCUGCUCAGCAAAAUAGGUUCGGAACGGGCUCCAGCCCCAGGUCAGGAUCCUUGCAAGACCGAGGUGGUGCCCUUUCGUUGGGUUAAUGCCCAGGGGCUGGUGAAGGGGCUGUUCCAAGUCUGGCUCCUGGCCUUCGUCUACGCCUGCUACAUGGUCAGCGUUUUCACCGAGGAGGACAGCUUGGAUUUCACUGGUGGAUUUGACCCACUUCCUCUCCGCCACGUCAAGGAGAAGCCUUCCAGCCUCUUGUUUGAGCAGGCGCACUAGUAAGCAUGGCCAGCAGAGCCCGCCCCUGGCUGGGCCUGGCCAGUUGGUUUAGCGUAGCUGC